AUGGCGGAAGGCGGUCAAAACAUGCCAGUUGACGGAAAGGAUAAUUGGGAUUCACGGCAAACAUCCCGCGCAAUGGAUCCCAGUACAUACCCCACUGCACUGAGCACCCUCGUCGUGAAAGGCUUACCAAAAAGAUUGGGCAGAUACGAUAUACCUCCUUCGGCCAUUAAAGGACUCAAGGAAGGCAGUGGUUACCAAAUCAACAUAAUGAGUCCAGAAGGUGGAGCUAUCCUAGCUCAAAGUCCUACUUUCACAAUUUCCCGCGAGGAUGAUGAGUCUGGCGACGGCGGGGCAGAUGAUGACGAGGCCCAGGUAUUCAACUAUGCGGAUCAUCAGGAGGAAGCCCGGACUACGACCAUUCACCAUCACCACGGUGCCCUCAAGGCAAAUAAGGGGAAAGACAACAUGUAUAGAUAUCGAAGACUCGGGAAGACUCAUCCGAAAAGUCACAGACACAAUCAAGCGAGGCCUUACCGCUCCCGUCAAAGGUUCCAGAAAGCCAAGGCCAAAUCAAACACCCUUUACAAUUCAAUCCCAAAGUUUGAUCACUCUAGAGGCGCUUGUUCGCGCAGCCCACGCAACCCUCGGGUUGCAAAGGUCGUAAGAAUUUGA